UCGACUCACCGACUCGGGAAUCAUCUUCUCCAUCGUCCUCUCCUCUCCAAAACCCUAAUUCCCCAAGCCCACCUCUCUCUCUCUCUCUCUCUCUCUCUCUCUCGCGAUAACAUGUUCGAACCCUCCUCCUGCGCCAUUGGAGCCCCACUUACCCUCUCUCAUCCUCCACCGCGAGGAUCCCCGCCGCCGUCAUCCACACCUACCUUAUCAAAUCACACGAAUUCUCGUUCAAAAUCGCAAUUAAACCUCGCAUUCUCGACCCCUUCUUGCUAGGGUUUCCCAAUUUGAUCCCGAUCGAUACCAAAGGACCCUUCUUUUUGGCCUCGAGCUUGGGUCGGGGACGAUGGAAGGGGAAGAAGCGCCGUGUCGGAGGAUCCGGAACAUCUGCAUCCUGGCCCACGUCGACCACGGCAAGACCACGCUCGCCGACCACCUCAUCGCCGCGUGCGGCGGCGGCGUCCUCCACCCGAAGCUCGCGGGGCGGCUCCGCUUCAUGGACUACCUCGACGAGGAGCAGCGCCGCGCCAUCACGAUGAAGAGCUCCUCCAUCGCCCUCCACUACCAGGGGCACUCUAUUAACCUGAUCGACUCCCCAGGCCACAUGGACUUCUGCAGUGAGGUCUCCACAGCUGCCCGCCUGAGCGAUGGCGCCCUCGUCCUUGUUGAUGCUGUCGAGGGCGUCCACAUCCAGACCCAUGCCGUUCUCCGCCAGGCCUGGGUUGAGAAGCUCACCCCUUGCCUGGUGCUUAACAAGAUCGACCGCCUCAUUACCGAGCUCAAGCUCACCCCUGCUGAAGCCUACACCCGCCUGCAAAGAAUUGUUCAUGAAGUGAAUGGGAUCGUGAGUGCAUUUAAAUCUGAGAAAUACCUCUCCGAUGUGGACUCCCUUCUUGCGGCAGGGCCAGGGGGGAACGAGGCUGAUGAUGCCGAAGUGGAGGAUGAUGUGGAGGACACGUUCCAGCCCCAAAAGGGGAACGUGGCCUUUGUAUGUGCAUUGGAUGGGUGGGGGUUUUCUAUCGGUCACUUUGCGGGCAUCUAUGCUGCAAAGCUUGGGGCGAGCACAAAUGCUUUGUUGAGGGGUUUGUGGGGUCCAUGGUAUUACAACACGAAGAAAAUGACGAUAGUCGGGAAGAAAGGGAUUGAAGGAGUGAGUAAGGAUCCGCAACCUAUGUUCGUGCAAUUUAUACUCAAGCCUUUGUUUCAGGUCUAUCACGCGGCCUUGGAUGCCGAAGGUGAUAAAGGAAUGCUUGAGAAGGUUAUUAAAUCAUUCAAUCUCUCCAUUCCUCCUCGCGAACUUCAGAAUAAGGAUCCAAAGGCUGUUCUACAAGCGGUCAUGAGCCGAUGGCUCCCGCUGUCCGAUACUGUAUUAUCAAUGGUGGUUAGGUGCAUGCCUGAUCCAAUCUCGGCCCAAUCCUUUAGGAUAUCACGCCUAUUGCCGAAAAGAGAUUUUGGGUUGGAUCAGGUUGGAGAUAAUGCUGAUGUAAUUGCUGAAGUUGAACAUGUGAGAAAAUGUGUUGAAGUUUGUGAUUCUAGCGAUAGUGCUCCAUGUGUUGCCUUCGUUUCUAAAAUGUUUGCCGUCCCUUAUAAGAUGCUUCCUCAAAGGGGCCCAAACGGAGAAAUUUUGAAUAACCAACAUCCGGGAGAAGCCGGAAUCGGAGAGUCAGAAGAGUGCUUCUUGGCAUUCGCUAGGGUUUUCAGUGGAGUUCUUCGUGCUGGGCAAAGGGUUUUCGUGCUUUCUGCGUUAUAUGAUCCAUUAAAAGGAGAGUCCAUGCAAAGGCAUGUACAAGAAGCGGAGCUUCAAUCCUUAUAUCUCAUGAUGGGUCAAGGACUUAAACCCGUUGCCUCUGCUAGUGCGGGAAAUGUAGUUGCAAUUCAAGGUUUAGGGCAAUAUAUUUUGAAGAGCGCUACUCUCUCAUCCACCAAGAAUUGUUGGCCUUUCUCUAGUAUGAUGUUUCAAGUGGCGCCGACACUUAGGGUUGCGAUCGAGCCAUCUGAUCCAUCUGAUAUGGGCGCACUCAUGAAGGGAUUGAGGCUUCUUAACCGUGCAGAUCCCUUUGUUGAAAUUACGGUUUCGUCGAGAGGCGAGCAAGUGCUUGCGGCGGCGGGAGAGGUUCAUUUGGAAAGAUGUAUAAAGGACUUGAAGGAGAGGUUUGCCAAGGUUAGUUUGGAAGUAUCGCCCCCCUUGGUCUCAUUCAAAGAGACCAUCGAAGGUGAAGAUACUAAUGUAGUCGAGAAAACAACUCCUAAUGGAAGGUGUAUCGUGAAAGUUCAUGUUAUGAAACUUCCUGAUGCCCUAACAAAAGUUCUCGAGGAAAGCGGUGAUGUGAUUGGAGAUAUUGUUGAGGGCAGAUCAGGAAAGAGAAAUGGGAACUUGGAUACACGGGAUUCUUAUGAUGAUGGUAAUUCUGUUACGGUGAUAAAAAAACGGAUAAGUGAUGCAAUAGAAAGUGAAAUAGAAGCUAUUUCACCACAAGUCGAUAAAGAAAGGGUCGAAAAGUAUAGAAAGACAUGGUUUCGAUAUCUUAAAAGGAUGUGGUCCCUUGGUCCCAGGCAUGUCGGCCCCAACAUCCUUCUCGUACCAGACAUAAAAGCAGAUGAUUUUACAGAUAACAAUCAUAUUGAAAGGGGUAUUUUGAUUCGCGGUUCAUGCCAUAUCUCUGAAAGACUUGGGUUUACUAAUCCAAACGAUACUGAAGUGUCAGUAGACAAAAGUGACCCGCUAUAUAUAGAAGCUGAGGCUCUUAAGAGUAGUAUCGUCUCAGGCUUUCAAUUAGCCAUGGCUGCUGGGCCCUUAUGUGAUGAGCCCAUGUGGGGUUUAGCCUUUCUCGUCGAGCCUUACAUUUUUCAGGAAAAUCCUGAAUCUGCUCUUCAAUCCACUGAUCAGUACGGCAUCUUUAGUGGGCAAGUCAUGACUGCUGUAAAAGAAGCUUGUAGGCUCGCUGUACUCCAGAACAAGCCAAGGCUCGUCGAGGCGAUGUACUUCUGUGAACUGAAUACGCCCACAGAGUAUUUAGGCUCAAUGUACGCUGUUCUUGCAAGAAGGCGGGCUAGGGUUUUGAAGGAGGAGAUGCAAGAGAGUUCUUCAUUAUUCACUGUGCAUGCAUAUGUUCCAGUCGCUGAGAGCUUCGGGUUUGCUGAUGAGCUCAGGAGGUGGACUUCUGGUGCUGCUAGUGCACUUCUGGUACUUAGCCAUUGGGAGAUGAUUCAAGAAGACCCCUUUUUCAUACCGAAAACAGAGGAGGAGAUCGAAGAGUUUGGAGAUGGGUCGAGCGUUUUACCGAACUUGGCGAGAAAGUUGAUGAAUUCGGUCAGGAGAAGGAAAGGACUUCCUGUGGAGGAGAAGGUUGUUCAACAUGCCACAAAACAAAGGACACUUUCCCGGAAAGUGUGAUUGUAAGUGCUUAACAUUUGAGCUUCUUUAUUUAUAAACUAAUACAAAUUAUUACUACAGGUUGGAAUUGUAAAUCAAACUGAGAUUCAUAAUGCAACUAUUGAUCUGUUUUUGUUUGUGCCA